AGUGUACUAGCAGGCUAGAGUAGUCAGUCGGCUGCUGUCUUUUUUGUAAACCUACUUAUGACAGGACAAAACGUGCUGCACUGUGUAGUUUUGUCUCAAAAGUAAAAAAAAAAAUAGCCAUGUUUUUGUGUUGUAAAGUAGCUGCCAAGAAGCUAAGACUAGCGGGUUAGCAAGACGGCUAGUGAUGAUGAGCUGAAAUCUGUUGUCGGACAAUCAGCGAUUUUGGCAAACGUUUCUUUAGCCAACUUGCCUUCACUGGCAUCGCUGUGUGCACGGGCGAAGAUGAGAUCCCUGCAUAACUUUUCUCCGCCAAAUGUAGGCAUAUAAUUACUUUAAAAUAUUCACCAAUGGACAGCGAACGCGGCAAUUACAGGCCGCAGUUUGGAAACAAUAGCAGGCUAACCCAGCUAGCAAGCUGCCGUGGUGUCUAAGAUUGCUAAGAGCUAUCUUGUGUGGUGCGUGUGUGGAGCCGCACUGAAAACGCCGAGGUGCCUGCACCUGGUUUCAGUACCAUGGAUCAGGGGGAUAUGACAAACCAAACCACAGCAGCUUGUAGUCACAAGCUGUUCCACAACCAGGACCUGACUGUGGACGAGCCAGCCUCAGGGCCCCAGCAGCCCAGUCUCUCCAUCAUGUCAUGCUCAGACUCCAAAUGGCACACCAGCAGCACUGAUUGCACAGACCUGGUCAUACCUGAAGAGGGGCUCAGCAAUGGCAUCUGUGAGGUCGAGACUAUGGCAGCGUCACAUUGUGAUGGCAGCAGUGGAGAUGUAAUUGCAGUCGGUGACCACCUUGCACUGAGCAAUGAUGGCAUGUCAGAGUUUUCCAACAGUGACCUCUCGCUGCCUGAGGUCUGCAUCUCCACCAACAACACUAGCUUUGAGGACGAUAUGAACUAUGAGGUCCAGCAAGCUUAUAGGAUAUUCACUGGCUUCCUCUUGGACAAAUACAAAGGGAUCACCAGUCCGUUUCUCCAUCCCAUCGGCCACCUGGAGGCCCAGCAUGGUAUUGGAGGGGUCCGAGGGUGGGGCCAGGCUCAGCUCAGGCAGUCUAUGUGCCUGCGGAGGAUGGAGGAGAAGUUUGUCAAUCAGGAGUAUGAGACCAUCACAGAGUUUGUUGCAGACUUCAGACUGAUGUUGGAGAACUGCUAUCGCUACCAUGGGGUGGACCACUGGAUCUCCAAACAGGCCCAGAAACUGGAAAUCAUGCUGGAACAGAAGCUUACAUUGCUGUCCAGGGCCCUGCGAGAGAAGACAACGUUGGCAGUGACCUCUAAAGGACGCUUUGGUGCAGAGGAGGAGCGGGGUUCAGGUGGUACCUCCACCAGAAGGAGGUUGGCACCACGUAGCCUGGCUACCAUCACUGUCGGCGGGCAUGAGUCCAUCAUGGUCCAGACUCUCCGGCUAGAAGAGCAGCAGAGAGCGAAGGAGGAGAAAAGGCAACGUGAGCUGGAGAAGAAAGAGGCAGAGGAGAUGUCAGCCAAGGAGGUUGAAGAGUGGGAGCAAAAUUUGCUGUCACAGGCCACCCCCCACCCUGUGGACACCCUGUGGGAACUCCCCGCCAUCGGGCACUUUCUCUGCUUGGCUCAGACUGCCCUUAAUCUCCCUGAGAUUGUCUUUUUUGAGCUGGAACGCUGUCUGCUGAUGCCCCGCAGCAGCGUCUUCUUGUCCAAAAUCAUGUCCUCUCUACUCUCCCCGCCCCAGAGGAGGGCCACUCUGAACCGGCGGCCUGCCCUGCCCUAUUGCCGCUGGGAGUUGGAGCUCAGACAGCGGGUCUUGGGCUGGUAUCGGGCUGUCGGUGUCUCCCGUGAUCAGCCAGGCCGCGCCGAGCAGUUUGGGCUCUGCUAUCAGUUCUUCAGCAUCCUAGGGGAGGUGAGUCCCCUGGAGGAGACACCCUUCCACUUGCUGCCCUUCUACCAGCGUGUAUGGCUUCUGAAGGGGCUGUGUGACAAUGUGUAUGAGACACAGAAGGAUGUGCAGGAUGCUGUGCUGGCCCAGCCCAUACAUGAAUGUAGGGAGUCUAUUUUGGGCUAUGACAGCAUGGAGAAUGCCUACAUACACUUCCCACAUUUCUGUGGGGCAGACCUGAGGAUCUACUGCCAGAGUCCCAGCACGCCCCCUGCCUUCCCCUUCCCACCUGUCUGGGUGAAGAGGAUUGAAAUCGAGCCAGGGACAGAGGGUGAGGAGUCAGAUCGGAUGAAGGAUGAGAGGGAGAAAAGCAACAGUGGGUGUUAUGGGGUCUCCAUGGAAACAGGGGAGUCUGAAGACUGGGAGAAGGAGAGAGCAGAGAGACAUGGGGUUUUCAAAAGGGAAAAUGGGGAUAGGCAAGGAGAGAAUGAGGUGUUCAACUCGUGGUCACUGCAGGACGAGGAGGACUCUAAUUCAGGGUCCUCUGAUGAAGGUGACUCCAGUGAAGACUGUAAAUCCAACUUGAAAAUACACACUAACUCCUCCUCUCUCUCACACCUUGAAAGCUCCAUUGGAGGAAGUGGUGGAAAAAUUGAUUUGAAGGAAGAGACAGCAAAUAUGGAGCACCAAUCUAAGAGACUCACUUUAAAGCAGGAGCCGAGAUUCUCAUUGGACUCAGGGCGCACAAUCAAGGCAGAGGAACCCUGUCUGAGUGUAGGAGAGCACAGCUACACAGGCAGGUCACCUGCUCGCUCCAACAGCCAGGCCUCACCAGCCAGAGUGGCAGAGGUCAAAAUGGAGGGAGGAAGUCCCAGCCAGGGACACCAAGGGUCUUCCUGUUUAGAAUGUUCUGGAAACAACACUGGUAAUGUUAAAUCUGAGCAGCAUGACUGCUGCUGUGGUACAUCAGGGUUGGCAACACAGUUGUCAUCUGAGAGCACUCAAAACUCAAGUGAAGAGAGGGUGAAUGAGAAAAUCCGGACUAAAAAAAAAAGGAGGAAGAAAAAGCGAGAGAGGGAACAGCUGCUGGGGGCAAAAGGGGAGCACCGGCAGCUGCGGCGUGUGGACAGGACGAGGCCAUGCCAGGCCCAGGCUGCCAAGUCCAGCGUGGGGAGGCUUGCUGCAACAAUCAAGAGAAAAGACAAGAGGAAAAAACACAAGACAGGAAAAAAGCUUGAAUCUUCAAAGAAAGUAAAAGAUGAACCCCCAGUUGAGCCAUCAUUUAAAUUGGUAUGCACCAGUCUUGAGGAGUUGCGGGAGCUGAUCAGUAAGACAGAGGAUGAGCUUGAUGACCUGGAGAGCACCAAAAAGAGAUCGGGCCGGUGGUAUUUCAGGAGAGAAGCAGUGAAGGAUCUCCAUAUCACGCUAAUCAGACUACUGAACGAGCUCUCACCUUGGGAGCCAAAACUUGUCAAGGCCUACCAAAGGAACAGACUCCGGUUGAAGAAGGAAUGUGAUGACUUCAAGAAGCAUCCAGACUACAAUAACUUUGUACGUGAGGAAUGUGUGUCGUCAUCAUCAGAUGAUGACGAAGAGAGAGUUGUAGGGAAGGAGGCUUGUUCACUUCUGGAUCACUAUAGAAGGGCUGAAGAGGAAGACCCAGAGUACACUGUCCCUAGAGGCCUUUGGACUGGAGCAAGCACCAGGCAGUUUGUGGCCGAGUCUGUUGGAGGCAGCACGGGAUCCUAUGUCACCCCCGACCACCUAAAACAUAACCUGAGCAGCACAGACGAAGACCUCAGUCUGCUGUCGAGAAGCCAGACAGGAGGCGACAGUGUUACUUCUACGCCUGACUCUGGACUGGACUCUAGACCUGAACUACACCAAACAAACCAAUCCAGGGAUUCAAAAUCAGCAUGGGCAGCAGCAGCGCCAGCCCAAGCCUCACUGGGAUCCAAACCCAUCAUCCUCCACCCCACCAUCGGACUACCUAAGGGCUACACGCCCAUCCCCACCCUGCUGGCUAAGAGUGUGGGAAACAAAGUGACCUUAAUGAAGCGGCCUGCUGACUAUGUGGGGGUCAGCAACCCUGCUAAGCAAAGCAAAGGGCGGACAGUCUCCCUUCCUAGCUCUGCAGUGGCUACCACAAAACCUUCAAAAGCACAAAGUCCUCCAGCUAAUUCCCAGCAAAACUUCCAACAAAUGCAGACACAUGGACCACAACAGACACAGGUACUUCAGCAACCAGUAAUAGCCUCAGUGACAGCUCCCUCUAAACCACCACAAGCUAAACCAAUCCAGACAGCACCAAAAAGUCCUGUGCAAGUGGUGUAUAAGGUACCUGAGGGGCUGGGCCACCUUCUAAGAAAGGACAGCAGCAGCUCAGUCCAGAUUUCUGUUCAGCCCGUUGUGGGCCAGAAGACUGGGGACAAGAUAAUGCAGCAAGUGGUGAUUCUGCCUUCUAACUUACUCGUUCAGAAAACCGAAGAAAAGAUGUCUUCCCAAAAUCAACAGCCUAAGGGCAUCCAGGCCCCUGUUUCUAAAGUGUCCGGCCCCUUAUGUAUGUCCACCAAUGUGCCUGGGUUUACCAUUCCAGAUAACAGAAUCCCUGUUCAACAGGUGGCUCCCCUAAAUGAUGCCAGGACAGUGAGGACCCCGUCUCCCUCUGUUUCCCCUCAUCUGCAACAGGGACCCCUAAACACAGCAGGCUUCAAAGGGGCACAAGUUGGCAGUCCCAAAGCUAACACUUCACAGAGUAGUGUCAUGCCAAACCACUUACCCAUUACAAUUCCUACCAGUGCAGUCUCUACUGAUCAUGUAAAGUCUAAAGACCCUAAGCAGGAGCUGAAAACUGUGUGCAUCCGUGACUCUCAGUCCAUUCUCGUCACAACUAGAGGGGGCAACACGGGCAUAGUCAAAGUCCAGACGUCCUCUGACCAGAAUACGCUUGGUUCUUUGCCCGCCAGUCCAGUCAUCACCAUUUCGCCUCAGUUCAAAGCUUUCCUAGUGUCAAAGACCCCUGCACUUUCUUCUACUGCCCCCUCUCAUACCUCCACCAGCAGAAUCCCAGCAGCAACAAAUAUCUCAGCAGCCCAGCCUCAGAAGAAGGCCCCUUCAGUAUUAAAGUCCCCAUCUGCUGUCACACCUCCCAUGCUCACUGCGGUCACAGGCAGCAUUUCCUUUGCAGGGUUAGGAGCCCAGACUGUAGGCACUACUGCUACACUUAGUCAAAGCCACAGUACCUCAGCUGGGUCCAUGGUAGCAACAGACAUUGGGCAAGCACAACAAACUACAACUGCUAGUUCUCAUUUGCAAGCUUCACUGGUAAAAAGCACUGUGAUUGUCCCGUCACUGAGCGGUUCUGGUAUUCCCACACAAGUUCCCACACAGGCACAGUUGGUCAACAAGCCUGGUGUGAAACGGGCCAGAAGAGACGAGAGGUCCCAAAUUACUAAAUUCAUUGUGGUCACUUCUUCCUUCUCCUCCUCCACCUCCUCCUCCUCCACCUCCUCCUCAAAUACAGCCACACCAAAACUCACAUCCUCUUCCGCAGCAUCAGUUCCUGGUUCAAGGGUGAUGUUCAUCAGCCAGCCCUCAGCAGCAUCAUCCACCGCAACAUCCACUGGAAGCAUUCCAAAGCAGGCGCUAGCAACAGGAGCAAGCGGGCAAACACUGACUACAUCUUUAUCAAAUGAGGCCUUUAAGAUAGGCUUGAGCCUGUGUCAGCCUGUUGGUAGCAUCGGUUCAGAGGCAUUGUCCAGUGUCAAAAAUAUCACCCUGCCCUCAGGUGUUCAAAUCCAGCUGUCAGGGCGGACAGUGAGUCUUGGACAGACGGUUGGGGCCCUAUCACAUUCUGCCACUAAAAGCAUACCCGUGUCUAUCUCUGAGACAGGACCUCCAGCAGCCACAUCCACUGGAGUAAUGUUCGUCAAGAGUGCUAAUAUGGUCACCAGUAGUCCUGCCCAUCUUUCCUCUUCUUCUCUGCUGACCACCAGCUCUCAGCUCCAGAGUAUCUCUUCCUUCUCCAUGAUCUCUCAGGCAGGUUCCCCCACAUCCACGUCAACUGCUGUCCCUUUGCCUGGAGGAUGCAACACCAGGAAAGAUGUUGGUCUGACUAGAGGGAUACUUUCCAGUAACCCUUCUGCUCAAAUCACUACCACUGCACAGAGUAGCCCAGCCCAAACAACCACACCCACGCAGGUCCAUCAGUCCCCAAAUUUCCAAAGCAGCACUGGCACUGAACCCGCCCCGGUCAUAUCGUCCUCCCACCUCACUGCCACCAAUACUCGAACACCUGCCUCCUUGGUAAAACCUGCUAGUGUUGCUGGUACCACAAACCCUCUCUCAACUACAACUUCCUCUUGUACUGGCACAGUCCAGCAGAGGAUAGUCAUUAAUACCACCACACCCCUUGCUGCUGGCACACAGAUCCUCCUCAACAACACGCGCUUUGUGGUCCCGCCCCAGGGUCUGGGCCCAGGCAGCCAUGUCCUCAUCAUCUCCAGCCCUGCACCACAAGUGCCUAGUACCAGUGCUACCACCACUACAGCUGCAGCACUUCCACACCAAGGGGCUGGCCCGGCGAUUGUAGUCCCACGAGCACCAGCGUUACCCCGAUCACCCCCAGCCAGGCUGCCUGGUGUACCUGCCAUAAAUUCUCCUGUAGUUGCAUGUACACCUGCUGUUGGUUCACCUGUGCUCGCAACUACUCCUAACGUCAUGCCAGUCCAACUGGCAGGAACACCUGGACUUGGCUCACCGUUACCUAGUCCAGCUAAUGUAGUGUCAGCUCUGCCAAGGGUACGAGCUGCCCAACCAGGUAACCUUACAUCACCUGUUUCAGGUAUGCCCACCCUCAUUGCAGCCUCUCCUAGGUUAAGUAGCACACCAGCUCCAGUUCCCACCCCAGUGACAACCAGUGCAUCCACCCUUGGUUCAGCACUUGCAACAGUAAGGUUGCCUGUUGGAACACCUACCCAAGCCCAGUGUUCAAGUGGUACAUCAGCCCCUACUCCUGCCUUAGCCCCAUCCUUGCCCAGACACUCUACACCUCCUUCAGCCAUACCUGUCUUACCCAGCACGUCAGCUGUUGCCCUGCCCAGCCCUGUCAUGCCACCUCUAGCUCCUCUCCCCUCUGCCAUAACCCUACCCUCAGCUGUGUUAGCAGGCAUUCCAGGUUUGCAUUCCACUCCUCCUGCCCAGCAAGUUGUAUCAGUGCCCACCCUCUGUCCAGGCAUUCAACCCCAGCAGACAGCACUUAGGAUCCCAGCACCUUCCAUUGCUGCACCGCAGACAUCAUUGCACACAGGACUUAGCAGCGCAGCAGUCAAACAGCAGAUGGCAGCAGUCAUGCAACCAGUGCUUACUGGCACACGGACACAAGUCUUGCCAACAGUGGCCGUCCCACCAAUUGUAAGCACAGUGUCUAGGAUGCAGGCGCUGCCUAUUGCCACAGUUCCACCAAUUGGAGGUGCUGUCAACAGAUUUCUAGCAUCGCCUGUGGCAACUACACUUCCAUCCAGCAGCACUGUAGUAAUGACUGCAGCUCAACCAAUCAGAGCACUGAAAACAAAUGAGACCAUCCAUUCACCUGUCACUCUGGCCAGUCAAUCACUGGGAAAGCCCUCUCUGCAGACCUCUGCCUCAGGUAUGCACACCAAUGUAGCAUCCAAGCUACUCAUUAGUCCAGACGGUGCUGUUUUGAACACAGUUCAAAGCCCGGUCAACCCAGCAGGCCUGACAGCCUGCCCAAAACCAGUGGCUGCACUGGCAGUCUCCCCCAGUGGUCCCACUGGAGUGCUGCCAACCCCCCACACAAAUAAUGUCUCUGGACAAUCUUCACAGGCAGACAAACAUGAACCAAUGAACUGAGACCAUGAGCCAGCUAAUGUGAGGACUUGGUCAGUUACCACUGAUAUUUCAGCUGCUUAGUUUUGUCAGGGCUCAUAACCAUUGCUUGUAGUGAUCUUGGGGUUAGUCAAAGACUGCUUUUCAACUGUAGUUUGACUGAAAUUUGUGAAAACUAUGGUAGGUUAAACCCUAUGGUUAUGCUAAAUUGUAGGUAGACUAUAUGCUCAAUCAAACGGCAGACUGGAAAUGUAUACUGUGAUGGUUUUCUGAUGUGAAAACACUUGGGGUUGCCCUGAGAUGAAUGUUGCUCUUGAUGUUUUGUUUUGUUUUUUCUUCGUUUUAAUGUCAUGGCCAGUAAUACGAGAUGCAAGUGGAAUGGGAGGGCUGAUAAAAUAGAUUUCAGCAUAAAGUUUUGUAAUACUUUUCAAUGCCAUUACAUACUGUUUCAAAAAAUAUUUAUUGGAAUUCUAUUGAUUGGUACAACUUGCUCUACUUUAUCUGUCAGUUUUAACAAUACAACUGUCUGUGUUCAGAUUCUUUAACAUUGUCCUUUUUUCAACUAGUAACUGUUUGAAAACUACAUUUUACAUUUUAGAGAUAUAAACUAAUAGAUGAAUUUGUACUACAUGUUUGAACCCAUAUAAAACGUUUUGAAGUCACAUUUAUUUAUUUUUACCAUAUAGAUUUUUCAAAAAUAUUUGGUAGUUACAUUUGGACAUUUUCAUUGGACAAAUGUGGACAUUACUGCAUGGAAAUAAACAAUGCAACUGUCCUCAA